AUGGCUACUGCUACCCAAAUCCAGUUGUCACCCUCCCCGUCGCUGACUACAAAACCUGAGUUGGAGGACGGGGUAAACAUGGAGGACAUGGUCCAUCUCGCUGGCCUCUGCCGCACCUCUCUCAACGCACUCAACCUCCACCUGCCUGAUUUGAACUUGAACCUUCCUUACACUGCCGACGAGAUCAUCCAACUACCCUUGGACAAACAUCGUGUCCCAGAUGCCCUCUUCAGCCUGCCUCGUCGCAAAUCAGCCCGCCACGCCGAGGCCGAGGCCCUCUGCCGCCUCCUCGACCCGGCCCACGACGGCUCCCUGAGUGCACUCAUCCGAUACGACGCAGACCGUGUCCGCCUUCGUGCUUGGGCGGCUCUGCAGCGCAAAUAUGACCGCCUCAUAGCUACCAAACUGCACGGACGCACCACCAUGGGCCUGUCCGGUGGUGUCGGGCCCGGUAUCCCUCAGCCUGCCUGGUCCAGCCGCAUCACUGGCCAGGGCCCUUGGGACCCGGCCAAGAAACCCAUCUCCCUCGACGGGUGCCCCGCGAUCCCCAUGCCGGUCCAAGUCGCGCACGAGGACGAGCUGGCACCGUUCUUUGAGCACUUGCAGAACGGAGGUACCGACAACCUGGACGGAAUCGAAGACGCCGUCGAGCUUGAUGACGGUCGCGGUGAGCCGCACUAUGGUGUCCACGGUGCCGAGUUCCGCAAAGGUGUCGUGUACGAGGAUGGGCGCAUGGAUCUCUGCAAAAUGGUGGUUGGGCCCGACCACAUCUGGAAGCUCAUGGAGAGCCUGCGGUCCAACAAGUUUGUCCGGCACUUCCUCCUGGGCAAUAACAUCAUCGGCCCCUCUGGCGCUGCGGCCAUUGCCAAGUUCAUCCACGAGCUCCCGGGCCAGAUUGAGACUUGGUACAUUGCUGGAAAUUGCAUCACCGGCGCCAGCUUCACUCCGCUCGUCGACGCCCUGGUCACAUCGCCCGCGGUGCGCCAGGUCUGGUUGAAACGUAAUCCCCUGGGCCCCGGCGCCGCACACGACCUCUUCCGCCUGAUUACGCAAACUGAGAAUCUGAAUACUCUGGACCUGGACCAGACCGAGCUGGGAGAUGCUGGCGUGGCUGAGCUGUUCACCGAGCUCGCCGCUUACAAGGGCCCAGAUGGCUUCAAACUCCCCCUGCGGAACAUGUACAUGAACGGCUGCGGUAUAUCAACCAAAGCCUCCCAGGCCAUCGCGGCCUUCCUUUCGUCUCCUCACUGCGGCCUGGAGUCGCUGUACAUGUCCUGCAACCCCAUCGGUAACGACGGCGCGCUGGCUCUCGCCUCCGCACUGCGCAAUGCAUCAUGCCUCGCCCGACUGUCCUUACAAUCAGUCGGAGCCAGCACCCAAGGUGUCGUUGCGCUGUGCGAGGCCCUCGCCGGCCACCAAGCCAUCCGGUCCCUCGACCUGGGUCAGGCGUUCGCCACCCAGGACCUCGGCCAGGCGUACAACUACAUCGAGGAGGGCGCCCUGCCCUCCAUUGCCGCCAUGAUCCAGUCGACCCCGCGGCUCGAGUACCUCAACCUCGCGCACUGCCCCGUCACCCCGCCGCAGCUCGCCUCCCUGACCCCGGCCAUCCUCGAGAGCCCGUCGCUGCUGUACUACUCGGCCUUCCCUAUCCUACCGGACCCAACCAAGAAGGAGGCUACGUUCCAGCCCUCGCGCGACGACCCGCUCGUCGAUCCAGGCCAGCGGUCCAAGGCGCAGGUGGCCUCGGAGAAGGCGAUCCGGGCGCACCUGGAGGACCACGUGCGGGCCCGGUAUGGCGACGACAUGACCUACGUCCAGUUCCUGGCGGACGAGAAGCGCUGGCUGGUCAACGACCGCGAGGUGCGCAAAAUCGACAGCGUGUACCGGAACCGCGAUGCCGGGCUGGCCCGUCGCCACCUCAUGACCCUGGUGAAAGACUGGGACGAGGACGACCGGACUCUUGAUGAGGUUAUGAAGGUCGUGGGACCGGUUUGCACGCUGCGGCGUCGUUGA